CCUCCCUAUUCCUCACCACCAUGGACGAGACAGAGACCACCAAGACGCUCUUCCUCGGCGUCGUGCCCCAGGCGCCAGAGGUCCAGUGGGGUGGCGAGGAGCCCUCGCUCGCCCCCCUAUCCACCAUCCUCACGCCGCUGCCCUCCAUCUUCGUAGAGGACACGGACGCCGACUCGCCCCUCUCGCAGCCUUUCAUCACGCUCUCAGGCGACUGGACCACCACGGGCGACCUCGACAACCUCGCGCGCGCGCUCUCAGCCACCCCGCUCGCAGGUCUCCGCUUCCAGGCCUGCGCCGGCGUGCAUGCCGUCCUGGCGCACCUGUUCGCCUCGCCCCUCUUCGCGCCGCUCGCAGGCCUGCGCGUCCUCGAGCUCGACAUGCACCUGCCCCCGUUCGUGUUCGACGCGCUCUUCGCCUUCGUGGGGUCGGAGCGCUGCGCGCUCGAGCACCUCAUCCUCAACGCGUCGGCGUACGAGCUGCCCAAGCUCGCGGCUGCGAUAGAGAAGGGCAACACGACCAUCCGCACCGUGUGCGCGCACGGCGGGCUGCUCGGCGACGUCGACGUCUCGGGCGGCUCCAGGCCGAAAUGUACCUGCGCCACCGACUGGUUUGAGCGCAAGCUCGUCAACGAGAUGGCCGGCCCGUCGACGAGCCUCGGCAUGAGCCGCCUCGAGCGCGUGCUCGCGCGGAACGCGUUCCUCGCGCUCCAUGUCGUUCGGCCUGCUGCGAUCGAGACGCUCGUUGCGGCGCGCGUGCUCCUCAACGCCGCGGCGGGAGACGACCCCGACGAUACAAAGGGCAAGCAACCCGCCUCGGCGCCGCCGAUCCUCGAGCUCCCGCAAGAGCUCUUAACCCACAUUGUUGGGCUGGUGCCGAACCCCGUUGCGCUCAGCGACACGCAGGUGCUGCGUAUUAUCCAUGCCGCCCAAGGCAAGUUUGGCGCGCUGGCGCCGUAUGCGCGCAACAAGCCGCGCGCAAAGGACGAGUACCUAGCCACCGGAGGCAUGGUGUGGGACCGCGGCAUACGCGCCGCGAACGCGCUCGCGCACAAGGUCGACCUCGCGCCGCGCGACCGCGGCGCCAUAGCGUUCGGGCUACGCGCGGCCGACCUGGCCGCGUUCGCCGACGCGGGCAUCGGCGGCGUCGGUAGCCCCGCGUACGAUCCCUACGUCGCGCUCAUGGACCUCGCGGGGGAUAGCUGGGCCGACGACGGGCUCGAGGCACAGCUCGGCGCCAUGAUUGACCAGUUUGUCGAGCCGCCGCCUGGCGACUGGGGCGAGGACUGGAAUACCGGCGCGGUGGGCGCGUAGGGGGGUGGCAAGCCCGAAUGCAUGCUGAAUGUGCCCGGCUUGACUGACUCGUACUUGCGCCACUGAACGGUGUCUGAGGUGCAGUGCCUCCUCUGACCAUGAUUGAAGCCCCACG